AUGACCCAUUUCGUCAGCACAAACAGUCCUCCAGCCAAGCGUCUAUUUCUCAUAGUUGGAGACGGACAGCGUGCCGACAAGACGCUGGCAAAGAUCCACAACCCAGAAACCGGGAAAAGCGAGUAUCUGGCGCCGUACAUCCGCUCACUUAUAGAGACCCAGGGCACGUACGGUAUCUCGCACACAAGAAUGCCUACCGAGUCGCGACCAGGCCACGUGGCCAUGAUUGCAGGCUUCUACGAGGAUGUGAGCGCCGUCACGAAAGGCUGGAAGGAAAAUCCUGUCGAUUUCGACUCUGUCUUCAACCAGUCGGCCCACACUUACUCUUUUGGCUCGCCUGACAUUCUGCCCAUGUUUGCUGCCGGGGCGUCUGAUCCCAGCAGAGUGGAUACCUGGAUGUACGGGCAUGAGUUUGAGGAUUUUACGUCUUCGUCCAUUGAGCUCGACAGGUUUGUUUUUGAGCACCUCGACCAGUUGUUCGAUAAUUCCACGAAAGAUCCAGCUCUAAAUGCCCAGAUCCGGCAGGACAAAAACGUGUUUUUCCUGCAUCUGCUGGGAACAGACACGGCCGGCCACAGCUACAGACCGUACUCAAAAGAGUACUACGACAACAUCCGCUACACGGACGAGCAGAUCCGCAAGCUGGUGCCCAAAGUGAACAGCUUUUUUGGAGACGACAAGACCGCGUUUGUGUUCACUGCGGACCACGGAAUGAGCGAUUUCGGUUCUCACGGUGACGGCCAUCCAGACAAUACGCGCACGCCGCUGGUCUGCUGGGGCGCGGGCUGCAAGAAACCAGUCUUCACCGAGCCGUCCAAGAACGAGUAUCUCGCCAAAGAGCCGCUCGAGAUGGAAACAUGGGGGCUGGACAACAUCAAACGGCACGACGUGAAGCAGGCAGACAUCGCCUCGCUCAUGUCGUUCCUUGUUGGGCUUAAUUACCCAGCCAACUCCGUGGGCGAGCUGCCAAUUGAGUAUCUGGACGUUCCCGAGCUCGACAAAAUUAAAGGACUAUAUCAUAACGCAUUGAGCAUCCACGAGCAGUACCUAGUGAAGCUGCGGGAGGUGGCAAGCAGUCAGUUUGACUUCAAGCCGUUCCCAGGUUUUGAAACGAAGCCUGGCCACGUGUACAAGGGUGAGAUCGAACACCUGAUCCAGCUGGUUUCUGAGGGUGUGAACGAGGCCGAGCAGCCGGCCGUUGCGCUCAUUGAAGAGCUUAUCACGGUGUCUCUGCAGGGCCUUGAUUACCUCCAAAAAUACAACUGGCUGCUGCUGAGAAGUAUCGUCACCCUGGGCUUUGUUGGGUGGAUUGUCUACUCUUUCAUUAUAUUCCUGCAAUUGUACAUUGUGCCUAGCCAUCUGAAACAGAAUACCCGCACGCCUGCGGGCUCGUUAGAGCGGUUCAGCAUCUACGUGCCUUUUGCGUCUCUGGCAGCUGGCCUGGGCUACGUGCUAUUUUACCAGAACUCGCCUGUCAACUACUAUCUCUACACGGCUUUCCCUCUCUAUUUUUGGCAUAGCAUCGUGGAACAGCGUCGGACACUGAUCGUUGGGCUCCAUGAAUUUUUCAAGGGGUACAGUAGAGGCUAUAUUGUGCUGGUGCUGGCAGCAAUCGUUGGGUACUUCGAGUGUAUCACAAUAGGGUUCACAAAUCGGGGAAUUUUUGUGUUCAUGUUUGUGGCACUAGGCGUCUAUCCAAUGGUUGUGGCGAGACUGCCAUUUUUACAAGGCCUGGCAUGGGUCGCGACGUGCGGUGUCCUUUCCUUUUUCCCCGCGCAGAAUCCCGUCAAAACUGAAACCUUGGAGCUUAUUGUGGCGGGUGGAGUGCUGGUUCUUUUGAUCGGCGCAGCGGCCCUCUACCAAUUGCGCUUGCCGCCAUACACAGCAAAGCUGGUGCUGGUGCAAUUGGGACUGGUGGCUCUUGCUAUUGUGUCCACGUCAAAAGCAGUGGUGUCACUACAGCGCCGAGAAGGAUUACCUAAGGAUGCGCAAAUCCUGGGGUGGCUCAAUUUGGGGCUCUCGCUGCUAGUGGUGCCGGUUCUGCACCAGCGUAGGCCAGACCCAAGCUACAAGACACGGUUCCUGAUUAUCUUCCUGGCGUUCUCCCCGACGUUUGUGAUCCUCACAAUCUCGUUCGAGACCCUAUUUUACGUGCUGUUCUCGGCAUUGGUGUUCCAGUGGAUUGGGGUGGAAUCCGCUAUAUCCUCCAGAGUGUCGAAAUGGCCACAGCUGCUUAGAGUGGCAAUCAUCGGGUUCUUCUUCCUACAGAUAGCAUUUUUCGGAACCGGAAAUAUUGCGUCUGUGUCAACUUUCUCGUUGGAUUCGGUGUACCGGCUGCUGCCGAUAUUUGAUCCCUUCCCGAUGGGCGCACUACUUAUGCUCAAGCUGAUCAUCCCAUAUGUGAUAUUGAGCGUGGGACUUGGGCUGAUGAACGUCAAGCUGCAUCUGAUAAUAUUCAGCAUCUCGUCCUUGAUCAUUUCCUUGAGCGACUUGCUGUCCCUCAACUUUUUCUACUUGGUCAAGACCGAGGGCUCGUGGCUGGACAUUGGACUCACAAUCUCCAAUUACUGUCUCGCAAUAUUGAAUUCGCUCUUCAUUUUGUUGCUCGAGCUGUUAUCCAACAUUUUGCUCGCUAAAACCGAGCUGGCAAAAUCGGACCACCACUCCAAUGAGAGAUCCAAACUCGACCUGACCAUCGACUCCCCCGAGUACCGGUCGGCUCUGCUGGAAGAUAAGCGUCUGGAGUCCCUAGGAGGGUCAAUUGCUACAAGGGUUAAGCGCAGAUCGGCAAAGACCUAG